CUCUUCCUGUCUGGGGACGGUUUCCUGCCUGAGCACAAAGUGUUUCCACAUGAAAUCUGAUCUGAGCGAGUCAGGGAAGGGUUAACCCUCCUGCCCUAAAACCUGUUCCUACUCGCCUCUCAAACAUUUCAAACUUUUAGCCCCGAGGUUUCUGCUGGGUUUUUUUAUUUCAGCACAGUUUACAGACGCUCCAGUUCCUCUCUUCUUCUCCUUCAGUUCAGCAUGUUGGUCUCCAGAUUUCUCUGCAGGUUCAGUCCCGGAUGUGUCAGACUGCGGAUCUAUCCGGUAAGUUUAAGAAAAAAGGGGGAAGCUGCUUUUGUUACAGGAUUGAAUAGUUCAGCUGAAUCAUGUUUGCUGUGAACCAAAUAUCCUCUGUCUGUGGGUUCAAACUGGGCAGGAACUAAAACAGCUGCACCGGCAUCACAACAGACACAGGAACCAAACUCCCUCUGUUGUUGUUGUUCAAAGUUCUCCCGGUCCUCUGGGUUUGCAGCAGAAAUCUACAGUUUUUACUGACUCUGCUCUCAGUUACAGACAGGAAUGUGCGUCUGUGUCGGGUGUGAUGGCGUGCAGCUGUAAAUCUCUUUUUGUCCGUCCUCCAACUUUUUCUCAGUAUUUCUCAACUCCUCUCUCUCUGCUCUGGUAUCUCUGUGACCACACCUCUUUGGUGGAGAAGACCGUUCGUUUCAGCGUUCGCUGCUCUCCCGCCUCUUUAAAGGGAUAUUCUGGCGUAAAAUUAAUUUAGGGGUCAAACAAAAUGUAACACCGAGUUAGACCUCCCCUCCAGAGAUGAAUGUUGCCGACCGCUUGCUUCUCUAGUUAUACCAACUUUAGUAACAACCGCACGAUAGCAAUACACAGCGGUCUGAGGAGCCAUAAACAAACCUCAAACAAAGGUGUUUUUAUUGAGCCGAAUUAUCAAUAAACACAUGAUUUUGUUAACAGGUAUGGAUUUAUGUGCUGUUGAGUUAAUAUAUUUGAAUAAGAGCACAGUAAAGUUAAAUUAGCGAAUUUUCCAAUGAGGUUCUGUUACUGAACAGAAUCAUGUUCUACUCAGGUUAGUACAUAUAGGGUCACAGCCAUAGUACUAGACACCAAACAUCUUUUUAACUUUAGCAAAGAGACUAAACACAACUCACCUACUCUCUUCCAGCAGACGCUUGUUUGUAGAGAGACCUCAGGCCAGUCCAUUACAGACUACAGCGGGGUGCCACAGCUCAAGGAAGAACGCUUAAGAUAACUUCUUCAUGGAAAUGCAAUCAGAUUAUAGACUGUAUAGAAUAGACGCCGUCUGCCUCCUCUCUGGGUGAAGCCACUCCAAGAACAGCGCCCUCUGGUGGCUGCAGUAUAGGUCAUAAAUCCUGCCUCCUUAUGGAGCUGUGGACAAACUUUAAAAAAUUAAUGACACAGAAUAUAAAUGUUUCUCCCUUAAGACCUUAAGGCAGAAGAACUAACGCGUCUACAGAGAAAAGUGAUGGUGAUUAUUACUUCAAGGAAAUGAAGAAAUGAUCAUAAAUGUUCUUCCUUGAGCUGCGGCACCCCACUGUAGUCCGUAAUGGACUGGCCUGAGGUCUCGCUACAAACAAGCGUCUGCUGGAAGAGGGUAGGUGAGUUGUGUUUAGUCUCUUUGCUAAAGAAAUGAGUCAAAGUUAAAAAGAUGUUUGGUGUCUAGUACUAUGGCUGGGACCCUAUAUGUACUAACCUGAGUAGAACAUGGUGUAGCUCCGUUUAGUAACAGAACCUCAUCGGAAAAUUAGCUGAUUUAAAUUUACUGUGCUCUUGUUCAAACAUACUAACUCAACAGCACAUAAAUCCAUACCUAUUAACAAAAUUACGAUUUUAUUAUUAAUUCGGCUCAAUAAAAACUUGGUGUUACGGUGCGUUUGACCCUAAAUUUUACGCCGGAAUAUCCCUUUAACAUCAUAUGACUGAAACAAAGACUUGCUGACCAAGUCUUCUCUCUUUCUCCUCCAGCCCAGUUCAGUCUGGUCUUCAGGACUGGUUUCCAGUUACAGCAGCCAGCCUCCAUCCAAAGGUAAACUCACUUUCACUCAAACAUCUACCGUCUACACUUGUGAGUCACAUGACCAUGGGAUGUGACCUUUGACCCCUCCUCUCUGUCUCUCUCUCUCUCUCUCUUUUUAGAUGCCUACCUACAUUACAGCUUCGGUCGCCCCGUCCUCUCUCUGCGCCUCCCCGCAGGUCAGCAGUGUCGUUUCACUCUGACGCCAAUGUUGACCACGGUGGGUGACCUCCUGCAAAACAUCACAGCCAAAGACCCCGGGGUCCACACGACCAGUCUGCUGAACGGAGGUAAGGUCACGUGACCUGAAACACGUAACCCCUUCCUCUGAGACAUUAUCAGGACUCUCUUAUCUCCUGCAGACGGACAGAGAAUCUCGUCCUGCACGUUCAUGGAAACGGUUUUAAAUAAAGAUUUCCAGCUGGUCAUCAACGACGUCACACACAACGUUCGCUCACUUGGUCAAGGUAAAAGCGUCUUUUUUCAUGCAGCCUGGAGGAGUAAAUAUUUCAGCAUCAGUCCAUGAAGUGUUCGCUGGUUCAGUCCACCGUAAACCUGUGGGUCUGUGUCCAUCAGAGUCGUCUCACGAACACGUCCUGGGCGUCGACGAUAUGAAGUACGUGGUCCGCCUUCUUCACUCGGCUCUGAAUCUUCCUCAGCAGCAGCUCAUCCAACACAGAGAGCUGCUGACCCGACAGGAAACGCUCCGACAGCAGCUGCAGCCGCUGGAGAAGGUACGACCACGAAAAUGACCAUUUACAGUAAAUUACUGCGAGAACGCAAAGUGACGGUAACAGAGCCGUUGUUAAAGGAGUAUGUUUGUGUUUGUAGGCGAGAAUGGAGAUGGCGAAGGAGGCGGACGCUAAAACAUCUGUUCUCGGGUGGGUGGGGCUUGCCUACCUGUCCUUUCAGGGUGGAUUCCUGGCUUAUCUCACCUGGUAAGUUUGGUCCCAAAGACUUUUUCUCAACUAGAUUACCUUCGCCGGGUCAGAGGGAAGGUCCUGCCUCAAGUGGAGGAGCUCAAGUAUCUCAGGAUCUUGUUCACGAGUGAGGGUAGGCUGGAGCGGGAGAUCGACAGGCGGAUCGGAGCGGCGUCAGCAGUGAUGCGGACGUUUAACCGAUCAGUGGUGGUGAAGAAAGAGCUGAGCCGUAAGGAGAGACUCUGGAUUUACCGGUCGAUCUACGUGCCGACCCUCAUCUAUGGUCAUGAACUUUGGGUAAUGACCGAAAGAACAAGAUCGCAGAUACAAGCGGCUGAAAUGGGUUUCCUCCUCAGGGUGUCCGGGCUCAGCCUUAGAGAUAGGGUAAGGAGCUCGGACACUCGGGAGGCGCUCAGAGGAGAACCGCUGCUCCUCCACGUCCAGAGAAGUCAGCUGAGGUGGCUCGGGCAUCAGGUUAGGACGCCUUCUGGACGCCUCCUGUUAGAGGUGUUCCAGACAUGUCCCACCGGGAGGAGACCUCGUGGUCGGCCCAGGACCAGGUGGAGGGAUUAUAUCUCUCACCUGGCCUUGGAGCGCUUGGGAAUCCCCCCGGAGGAGGAGCUGGUGGAAGUGGCUGGGGUGAGGGCCGUCUGGGCUUCCCUCCUGAAGCUGCUGCCCCUGUGACCCGGCGCUGGAUAAACAGAAGAAAACGAACGACAGUAUUUUGUCAUUUACAGAGUGAUAAAAAGAGAAAUCCAAAAAUUUGGUUAGAAUUUUUUUAGGGUUAGGUGUUUUUUUUAUUCAUAAAUGCACCCACCUAUCCUGGAAUCCUGAACCAGCCAAUGAUGUGGGGCGGCUUUGCCCAGUACUGAGCUCGGGUUCAAACGUGUGUGUUUGUGUUUGUGAAGGUUUGUGUUCCCAUGGGACGUCAUGGAGCCGGUCACCUACUUCAUCACCUAUGCCACCAGCAUGAUCUUCUUGAGCUACUACAUCCUGACCAGACAGGUAGGAGUCCUGGAGAUACUCGAGUUAACCAGUGUCUUUAAAAACAGGUUCUGACCCGGUUCAGAAAAGCAGCAUAGCUACACCUGGUUACUCUGAUACUCCAUCUGUUUAUACGUCUGUUUGCAGGACUUUAUCUAUCCAAAGGCCCGGGACCGUCAGUUCCUUCAUUUCUUCCACCGUUCAGCGUCCCACCAGAAAUUCAACGUCCAAAAAUACAACGAGCUCAGAACCGAGCUGGCAAAGGUGACAAACACGCCAACACUCAUAACGUCGGCCCAGCACACAGCAGGGUCCAGAUUUACAACUAUGCAUUACUUAAAAGACGUUAAACCAUUUUAACCAACAGUCAUUAGUCACACAUGGAUAAUUUGGAAACUACCUGAAAAGUCCUACAUCACUAUUUUGAAUGAUUUAUUUGUCGAGCACUUGCGCCGUCUCAACUCUUUUGCACAAUAAAUUGCACCAAAAAGUUGUGACUAAAGUGCACUAAAGCCUCCCGGGGUGGUGCAGAUGGUCGGCGGAUUACCCCGACUGUUGACAGUCCUCACACAACAAGAGUUCAAUGACUUGUUAAAGUGGGCGCAUUUAACUGUUAUUUUACUGCGCUUUUAUCUUUUCUUUUGUUUUUUUUAUGUGUCACUUAAAUCCUGCUCAGAUUUAGUCGGAUGAUUUGGAAACUACCUAAAAAGUCCUACAUCACUAUUUUGAAUGAUUUAUUUUGUUCAGCACUUGCGCCGUCUCAACUCUUUUGCACAAUAUAAAUCGCACCGAAAAGUUGUGACUAAAGCGCAUUAAAACCUCCUGAGGUGGUGCAGAUGUUCAGCAGGUUACCCCGACUGCAGAAAGGCUGCGCACGACGAGAGUUUAAUGACCUGCUAAAGUGGGCGCAUUUAACUCUCUGGUUAAUGCGCUUUUGUAUUUUCUUUAGUUUUUCUUUGUCACUUUAAUCCUGCUCAGAUUUAGUCAGAUUAGUUUGAAACUACUUAAAAAAUCCUCCAUCACUGAUUUGAAUAUUUUAUUUGUCGAGCACUUGCGCCAUCUCAACUCUUUUGCACAAUAUAAAUUGCACCGAAAAGUUGCAACUAAAGCGCACCAAAGCCUCGGAGGAUGUUUGGAGGAUUACUCCGACUGUAGAAAGGCUUCACACGAAGAGUUCAGUGACCUGUUAAAGUGGGCGCAUUUAACUCUCUGUUUAAUGCGCCCUUUUAAUAGGUCACAACAUUCUGCACCGCUGCCUUCAGUCAGUCUGUUUCCAUGACAGUCGAGAAAACCGAUUUAUUGCCUUAUUCCGAUAAAGACCGGACAACUGAAGGUCAUGUAAACAUCUUAGUCCGACUGUAAUCGGAGUUUGAGAACUUUGAUUAAACACCCAGAUAAUGUGAUUGGAAUUCGAUUUUCUCUACCAUGUAACCAGCGUAGUCGGAGUAUGAUCGGACAGUGCAUGUGCUUGUGCGCCACGCCCCAGUAACCCCAGAACAAUAACACCAGAGAAGAGGAGCAGAACUUAAUCCGAUUAAACUGUGCAUGAAAACGCACCGACUGAAGGGUGCGUUACUGUCGGAUAUUUAUCGUGGCGUUUUAAACCUGCAGACCUGACCUCUAACGGACGUCUUCUGUGUGCAGGUGGAGGCGGAUCUCGGGAGGUUGAGGAGCAUCAUACUGCCGCCCUCGGAUCAGAACCAGCCUCAGAACUCCCCCUGAUGAUUCCCCUUUUUAAUGUGAUAAUUUUGUUCCUUAUUUGCACAUUUUGUUUAUAGAGUUAUUGAUUUCUUACAUUUUUUAGGACUUUUGACAACAGACAAUAAAAAGUCCAAAACGCUCCACGCUCUCGUUCUUCCAAA